AGUGUAUCACAUCUAGUGAGCAACCAUGAAGACUCUCAUCUUCCUCGCUCUCCUGGGAGCCGCUGUUGCUUUCCCCGCUGACGAUGAUGACAAGAUCGUCGGGGGUUACACCUGUGGCAGGAAUUCCAUCCCCUACCAGGUGUCCCUGAACUCUGGCUACCACUUCUGCGGUGGUUCCCUCAUCAACAGCCAGUGGGUCGUGUCUGCUGCUCACUGCUACAAGUCCCGCAUCCAGGUGCGUCUGGGAGAGCACAACAUCGAGGUCCUUGAGGGUGAUGAGCAGUUCAUCAACGCCGCCAAGAUCAUCCGCCACCCCAAAUACAAUGGAAACACCAUUGACAAUGACAUCAUGCUGAUCAAGCUGAGCACCCCCGCCACCUUCAACGCCAGAGUGGCCACCGUCUCUCUGCCCACUUCCUGCGCACCUGCUGGCACCAAGUGUCUCAUCUCUGGCUGGGGAAACACCAUGAGCAGUGGCAGCAACUACCCUGAGCUCCUGCAGUGCCUGAAUGCCCCCAUCCUGUCUGACAGCACUUGCCGCAAUGCCUACCCUGGCCAAAUCACCAACAACAUGAUGUGCCUGGGCUUCCUGGAGGGCGGAAAGGACUCUUGCCAGGGUGACUCUGGUGGCCCCGUGGUCUGCAAUGGAGAACUCCAGGGUAUCGUCUCCUGGGGCUACGGCUGUGCUUUGAAGGGCAAACCCGGUGUCUACACCAGGGUUUGCAACUACGUGAGCUGGAUUAAGCAGACUAUGGCUUCCAACUAAAUACUUUGUCUC